AUGGAUGCAAUAUCAGACCUUUCCACAAGUAUUGAACUUACUAUUAAUGUGACAGAUCAAGUGAAAACAAACAUAGAUAUGUUGAGAACCAAUUUAGACAUACUAAAAUGUGUGAAAACUUCAUGUAGCUACUGUCCAGAUUCACUACCAGAUGAAGCCAAAAGAAUUACUAGAGAGUCUUCGCAUAGCAUUCAGCAGCAGGAAAAAUCCAGUAGGGUGGCAAUUCAACAGCCUACACGUACAUUUGCGGCCUACCCUUUUCCACCAGCACCUGUUCAGCCUACAAGUACAUUCGCAUACCCUUUUCCACCAGCACCUGUUCAGCCUACAAGUACAUUCGCAUACCCUUUUCCACCAGCACCUGUUCAGCCUACAAGUACAUUCGCAUACCCUAUUCCACCAGCACCUGUUCAGCCUACAAGUACAUUCGCAUACCCUAUUCCACCAGCACCUGUUCAGCCUACAAGUACAUUCGCAUACACUUUUCCACCAGCACCUGUUCAGCCUACAAGUACAUUCGCAUACCCUAUUCCACCAGCACCUGUUCAGCCUACAAGUUGCUUAUAA